CCUUGGUCUCAUUUUGCCGUACGCGAAGAAACGCACGCAAUGACGGGGAUAGUGGUGGCCACUGACGAGGAGCAGUUACUCUCCAGGAUUUCUAACCUCAUCGCCCGCGCCGCCGACGAUGCGAUCUCACGCGAUGAUCGGAUCUUUCGUUUCGGCGUAUCAGGCGGUUCGGUAGUACAAUUGCUAGCCAAGUCUCUGCCUAACAUUGCAACCGACUGGAGCAAAUGGCGCUUCUUUUUUUGCGAUGAACGAGUGGUGCCUUUGGAUGAUUCUGAGUCAAAUUUUGGCCUUUACAAAAGUUGUUUAAUCGGAAAAGUGCCCGUCACUGAGGAGCAAUUCAUGAAGGUCGACCCAGAACUCAACGCACCACCCAGUAGAAUUAGCCUCACUAUGCCAGUCAUUAAUAACGCUCGCAUGUGUGUGUUUAUUGUCACUGGUGCUAGCAAGGCUGAGAUCGUUAAAAGAAUCUUGAGAGAUAAGGAAGAUUUACCAGCUACCAGAGUGGAACCAGUUGAUGGUACUCUUUUUUGGCUGCUCGAUCAAGAAGCGGGCAGGCUACUCAACUCAGACUGAAAAAUGCGAGGUGGGAUUAAAUAAGACUAUUACUAUUCAAAAUUUACAUAGAUUUUAUGACAUUCCAUACUAUGAUUAUCUUGUAACUACUUUUUCUUUAAAUCUUUCUUCAGAUCUAUAUUUUAACGCAUUUUUUUUCAUUACAAUUUACUGUUAAAGUCGAUAAAAUAUUUGAGUAAGUGUUAUAUGCUCGUACCAAAGGUGCGAAAAAGACUCGUGAGAAAAUUGAAAAUUCAAUUUUCGACUGAUAUUGCUCAACAAUGUCGUUUAUAUAAAAAAUAAUGUGCAAACUUUGUUAUCAUGAACCAACUUGCAUAUUGUAAAAAGACUAUUUAAUAAGAAAGUAAUAAAAAUUUUGCAUCUUCAAGAAAAUAUAUGAUUUAAUAACAAGAAAACAAAAAUUAAAAGAAGUAAUUUAAUUUCCUUAAUCUUCACAGAGAAGAAAAUAUAUAAAAAAUAGAAUGUAAUUUAA